UUCUGUCUCGGUCAGUGUUUUGAUGUUGCUGUAAUUUAAACGUAAAGACGUUAAAAUAGACGCAAUGUGGCGAACACGUGUUCAACAAAGCAGCCCACGCUGCUGCCUUCCUGCUCGACACUCACAUGUUGAUUUUUCGGGCUCGCAAAGGAUCUGUUGCACCCGAGCCCCGAGGAGGAAAAGAGGAGACACAAGAAAAAACGACUCGUACAGUGUCCUAAUUCAUAUUUCAUGGAUGUCAAAUGUCCAGGCUGCUAUAAGAUCACUACAGUGUUCAGCCACGCGCAGACUGUAGUGCUGUGUGUCGGCUGUUCCACAGUCCUCUGCCAGCCGACGGGAGGGAAAGCUCGCCUUACAGAAGGAUGCUCAUUCAGGAGGAAACAGCACUAGUUUUACCAGAUGUGGUUGGACACAGUCGAGCGGGAGAAUGAACAGCACUUGAUGGACAUCAAGUAACACUGCCAUGGACCUGGAGGCAGCAAUGAAGAGAUGGAGAGCGGGAAUACAAAUCAUGUAAUAUAAGAAGUCUAUCUACAGAAUGUGCACAAAUGCGUGGCCACAUCCAUUAAUUCUUCUAUUAAUAAAACUUAGAUUGUUUUUUGGUAAAAAAUAAUCUUGCAUGUUUGUCAUCAAGUUUGUUCUUUUUAUCUCUUGAAGGUUCUGAAUUGUCAUUUGUCUGGUAAAAGACACUUGUCAGCUCAGGAACCCUUUAAAUAUUUGCUGGUAAAGAUCAGGGCUUUUGGGAUCCAGGUGUACAGAUGUGUCGGGUGAAUUGCAUUUGUUUGUAUUACGCCCUCAGUGAUUAAGCACAGACAUAUACAGGAAGGCGAGGGUAUAUGAUGAGCCUUGCAGGUAUAUAUCCAACAUUUACUCAUGCAAAUUUCCUUUUGAAGACACUAGACCAUUUGUAGGAACGGAGACACACGGUGGCUUUAACUGAAAAGUGAGUUUCACUAUGUAAAAGCUGCACUCUGUAUAAUUGAAUGUCAACUGAGGUGUGUUAGAGCGCAUAUAUAUACACAUAUACCACAGUGAAGUCAAUGAGGUCGACAACGAUGUCAUUGGUGCCUGCCGGCGGUGUUUGUUCAGGGCCUGCCCUCUUUCUGAACGAGGGUUGAUUCAGGGAAAGUCUUCGCUGGCUCGGCUUCUGUUUCCUGAUGCUUGUAAAAACACAUGUGUGACACUAAAUGACAUAAUUAACAACCAGGUUGUGAUUUAAAUGUGCUUGCAAGCUUCCAGUGAAAAUUAAUAUGAGUUCUUGUGAAGUUUAAAGAAAUGAAAUGAAAAUCACACAGGCUUUGAAAGAUGUUUUGUGGACAUGUAAGGACAUUUGCACAGUGUCUGUGUGACAGCGCUGAGUUGUACACUGAAUAAAGAAACUAAAUCAGGAGGAGUUAAUGAUAACUUUCUUGUUGCUAUGGUGACAUUUCUCUUGUGUGUAUUGGACACAGCAUACAAAUAAAAUCACAGUAAAUGAG